CAUGACUUCGUUCAAAGAGUUGAUCGAGGAUGGCCAAGAUGCGUUGACCAACCUGCGCAACUUGACGCUAAACGAUGGACCGCCGGCGAUGACGACCACAGUAGACGAUGCCUCCAUGCUUCGCACUUAUACAGCCUCCCUCGAGCGGAAACUGUUGGAGCUACUGCAGGAAAAGGAAAGGGACGCUGCUGUGUGCAAGGCGAGUGCCGAGUGUACAUUUGCCAAGAACAACGCAGGACGGGUGCUAGUCGCCAUCUUUGAUCACGUCAUGAGCGCCAAGGUGGAGGCAUUGAAGACAUGGUGGGAGACUGGGAGUAUUCAAACACGCAGUGGACCGGGACACUGGCGGUUGGAUCCCCGCACGUUGCGCGACAAACGAGGGUACAACCUGUUGCACGUGACGGUGGAUCGCAACUUAGCCAAAGAAAGUGCCAAGGUGGCGCAGAUCGAGUUGCUCGUGAAUACCAUGGGGUUUGAUGUGAAUUCCACCGACUUGGUGGGUCGAACAAGUUUGCAUCAUGCGGCCAUCAAUGGUUACGAGGAGGCGGUCAAGUGCUUGCUGGCCAAGACUUCAUGCAACCCUCUUUGGCGAGACAAAGCUGGCAUGACGGCCCUUUCCGCCGUGCAACAGAUCACAGGCGCGUCGGAAACCAUGAUCCAAGCUCUCCUAGCCGCCGAGAAGCGAGAAAAUGAUGCACAAGCUAGCGUGCCGUCGGCCUGGAGGACGCAUGGGGAAGCGUGGACGUCGUUACAUUGCAUCAUGCGGUUGGAGCGUUAUGUCGAUCGCGGACACGAGCGGCGCUUUCAGCAAUGCACUGCCAAGCUACGACAUGCCAUGGACUCGUAUUCAUCUACUCAACACGUUCCGUUUGAUGCGAUGAUUCGGGAGAGUGGGUUGUUGGAGAUGCUGGACGCUGCAAUCGAUGACUCGACCAUCGAACAUGACGAGUAUAAAGCACUGGUGACCAUCGAAGCCAGUGGAUUCUCCAUCUACGCGCCUGUGGACCAAGUCACGUAUCCGCACGGCAGCUGGGUGAAUUGGCUCCAAAGAAGUUUGUUGCGGCGACAGAGGGCAAGCACUGGAGAAAGAUACACGUGGUAUUACGCAGCGCUGUUCCAAGCUCAAAUGCAUGAGCUCCCGGGGGUUUUGGAUGUGCAGCAAGGACGCGCGUCGGUCGAGUAUUCGUCGGAAUUUGCAGUAUGCUUGCCACUUGUAAACCCCAUAUUCAUCCAAGGGCAGUCAUAUUGGGCCAUCACGGAACAAGACACGUCACUACCAAACACAUUGGCCCUUGAUCGACCCUUUGAAGGCAAGACGGCUCGAUCUGUCAAGGGAUUGAUUUGCAUGGAAGCGUCCGUGAAUCCUCCGUAUAUAGGAGUGCUGGAACUACAAGAGCGCGCACCUGGCAACAAAUUCGACACCACCAGCUCGGAAGAUGAAAUGGUCCAGGACUACCAGCGGCUAGCCCCAGACCACUCGUACGAGAUUGGCAUCAAGAUCGGGCCAGCCGCGACUAGACAAGCCGCGUCGGACCUGGCCAAAGCAUGGAGCCACGAGUGCAAGACGUUGUUUCGUCGACGCCAAUGCAUCUCGGGCGCCGCGUGUUGUGCGUACUCGUGUCCGCAACGAGUAGGCCAGUAUUUGUGCCGACAAAGUGCCGAAAAGGUUGGGCUCGACCUCGCGCUACAGACAUUUGGCCGGUCGACGUAUUCCAAGGCAUGUGCUACUUACUCUUCCACAUAGUAUAUAUUGUCUUUCUUUUACCAAAAAUUUGGACUUUUGUGCAGAUUCGCCAAAUCUCUCGAUCGAUUCUACUGACUUUUGUAUGUAAAGAUCGUCCAGUUUCACACUAAUAUUUGUCACACACUAAUUCGAUGUUGAAUUGGUCCAAAAGUGGAUUUGAUUGGCUAGUUGAUUCAUGUUUUGUAUUUUGAUUGGUCGAUC